ACGUGUGGCCCAUACGACAGAAAACGACACCGUUUAAUUCACCCUCAAUCUCUGGCCUUCAAAACACGCACCCGCACGACACUACAGUGGAAAAAGUUUGUUACUUUCCCACGAUUUUAAAUUCCGAAACUGAUGCUUUCUGUGUCUCUCUCCAAAGAAACCCAAACCCUUCAAUGCGGAGCGAAAACCACGGCAAAACCAACGACGACUUCUAUCAUGACGAAAAAACCCGUGUCGGUGCAGGUCCACCACGUCAUCUGGGUGAGCUGGAAGCUGGUGAUCUUACUCUGCGUCCUGGUUUCUUUCGUUGCUUUGUUUCGGCUCCACAUUCAAUACGAAGUCCCCUCGUCCAGUGCAGCGCCGUUUCGUCGCGUUGUGAGAUCUCGAGGUCCGAACGAUGGCUUCAAGGGGCCGGAUAAGAUCGCUUUUUUGUUCCUUGUUCGCCGUGACCUGCCUCUUGACUUUCUUUGGGAGAGUUUCUUUGAGAACGCUGCGGUGGCGAAUUUUUCGAUUUAUAUACACACUGCGCCGGGGUUUGUGUUCGAUGAGUCUACUACGAGGUCAAAGUUCUUUUAUGGUCGCCAAUUGAGUAAUAGUAUUCAGGUGGGAUGGGGAGAAUCAAGUAUGAUUGCAGCAGAGAGAUUGUUACUUGAAGCUGCCUUAGAGGAUCCUGCAAAUCAAAGAUUUGUGCUUGUCUCUGACAGUUGUGUACCCUUGUACAACUUUAGCUAUGUAUACAACUAUCUAAUGGCUUCUCCAAGGAGUUUCGUGGACAGCUUUCUUGAUGGGAAGGAAGGCCGCUACCACCCAAAAAUGUCACCUGUCAUACCGAAAGAGCAAUGGCGAAAAGGAUCCCAGUGGAUCUCUUUAAUACGAAGCCAUGCAGAAGUUAUUGUAGAUGAUGAGAUCAUUUUCCCAGUCUUUAAGAAACUUUGCAAGCGACGCCCGCCUGUAGAUGCUAGCAAGGGAAAGCUUAAUCUGAAACUUCAAAAGCAGCACAAUUGCAUUCCAGAUGAACACUAUGUGCAGACACUGCUUGCGAUGUGUGGGCUUGAAGGUGAACUUGAACGUAGAACAUUGACCUAUACCCAGUGGAAUCAGUCUGCUGCAAAGAUGGAGAAUAAAGGUUGGCAUCCUACUACAUUCACCUAUGCUAAUGCUGGGCCUCAAAAGAUCAAGGAAAUAAAGCAUAUCAACCAUGUAUACUAUGAGACUGAAUUCCGGACAGAGUGGUGUCGGACUAACAACAAAUCAGUUCCCUGCUUUUUGUUUGCAAGGAAGUUUUCUCGUGGAGCUGCCAUGCGCCUUCUGAGCGAGGGUGUAGUUGGCCCCUUUGAUACAUCUGCAUUAUUAAAUGCAUCCUGGUGAUCUUUGAUAGGUAAUCAACUGACCCACUCCAAAACAUAAUCUGGGUAGCCAGCUGGUAGCCCACUGUAGUUCUACAGAUUCACCACACAAUCAUAUAGGCUGAGAAGAUUUUGAUACCAAGACAAUCAAAACAGAAGAAGCAACUAAUUUUUAGAGCAUAUAAACUGGAUGAACACUGAAUAUUGGAGCGAAUCUGAAAGCCAUUAUUUCUAGCCUGCCUGGAGGUUUUACAAAGAAUUAAUGUAAUUGUGCCUGCUCUGAUCCAACAACUCCUUCAACAGGUUAGAAGGAAACAGCAAAUCUGUCACUUAUUAUUAUUAUUUUUUUCUGUAGGUUCAUUGUUGUAGCACAAAACUUACAUACAGUUACAGUAGUAUUAAGGGGUUCAACUCAGUAAAUAAUUGAAAUAAUAUACAAAAUAUUUCUUUUGCAA